AUGCAGGCCGAGAUGUUUGAAUUGAAAAUAGCGGAUCGACUUUUUUUCCCGCACUGGCCCACAACGCCGCAUCAAGGUCAUAUCCGGCUGUAUUUCGGGAGCGAUGAAUUGCUAAACGUGUCGAAAGAAUUCAUCAGGCGAGUCAACGAACGAACUGCUGACCUUCCUCUAGCGAUCAGGGUUGGUGUCUACAACUUGAAAUUGGAUGAUCUCAAUGGCUACGUGGCUCAUCGUCCGUUUGGACUUGAAAGGACCAGAAGUGGACCAUCUGCUGGAAACGCUGAGUCAAACAUGAUCCAGCAGGUGUGUCUUCGCCCUGGCGUUGGCAUAAUGUGGUUGUACUGGAGUGUGCAAAGAGUGCAACGGAUGGGGAGAGUGGCGUUCGAUAGUCAGACGGAGACGAGAAUUCCAGAUAAUCUUCAAGCUGACAAGAUUUGGGAGACUCGACAAAGCUCAGCAGAAGUGAUGAAUCAUUUGCAAGCAACAGCGUUCGGACAACGGGAAAGUCCGUCGCCCUCCGGACAUCAGAAUAGUGUAGUUCUUCCAAAGCAGUCGGGGAGAUUCUAUGGAGUCAACAAGGACGAACACCGAUGGGACAAUUCGGUUGUCGAGUUUCCAUCCUCACCCUCGAACGCCUAUAGCAUGAGUGGCGUAAACCCGAAAUAGAGAGGGGUCUGUUUGAUGGACAUCUGCUCCACCGAGUGGCUGGGGUAGUGGCUGCCCCACAGCAUCUUUCUGUUGAACGAACACAAUAUGGUUAGAAGGUGUCGGUACAAACAAGUGCAAAUACAGGCCUUGACCCCACGCAACCGCAAUUGGACGGCCUCCUCCAGCCUCAAUGACAAACAAUAUACGACGCUCCAGUUAUCGACUUACAAUGGAUUAUUUGUUCUUUAGCAAGCACCCAAGUGUGGUCCGCUUCAGCAGGCACUGAUCCCGGCCGGUGACCUUUGUCUGUGCAUUCGCAAGGUUGUGGGAUGUUUGGUCGACUGGUGGCAAGUGACAUCGCCCCCCAUGGAAAGGGGUCAGGGAGAGAAAGCGACAUUAACCUUAAUCUAUCAUUUUAACCACCUAAUGCUGUAGAUAUUUGUUGCGAUUUAUGCAAAG